UUCAUUCACAACAUGAAGCAAAAACGUGCGUUCCAGAAAAAAUCUUUAAAAAAUAAUUUGGAUGAGGAAAUUCAGCAAUUACGUUCUCAAUACGAGACAAUAUCGUGUGGAAUUGAUGUAAUAAAACGGUUUCAAGAUUUCCCCCUGUCCCAAAAGACAAUUAAGGGCCUGGCAGAUGCCAAAUUUUCCCAACCCACAGACAUACAACGCGAGAGCAUUGGACCCGCUUUGCAGGGCAAAGAUGUUUUGGGUGCUGCUAUUACUGGAAGUGGCAAAACUUUAGCUUUUCUUAUACCGAUAUUAGAACACCUGUACAUGGCAAAAUGGACAAGAACGGAUGGAGUAGCUGCUGUAAUCAUAUCACCAACACGAGAAUUGGCCUAUCAGAUCUUCGAAACGUUAAAGAAAAUUGGAAAGUAUCAUGAUUUUUCUGCCGGCCUAAUUAUAGGUGGCAAAAACUUGAAAUUUGAACGAAGUCGUAUGGAUCAAUGUAAUAUAUUGAUAUGCACACCAGGUCGAUUGCUGCAACAUAUGGAUGAGAAUCCACUGUUUAACGCAUCCGCUAUGGAAAUGUUGGUCUUAGAUGAAGCUGACCGAUGCCUUGAUAUGGGCUUUGAACAAACAUUAAAUGCCAUUGUUGAAAAUUUCCCUCCCGACAGACAGACAUUGUUGUUCUCUGCCACUCAAACUAGUUCUGUUAAAGACUUGGCACGGUUAAAUCUUAAGGAUCCCGUAUAUAUUGGGCAACCGCAAAACAUGGAUGUGACAAAAAAUGCUACACCCGUGGUACCCGAUUUACUUCAGCAAAAUUAUGUAGUAGUCGAACUGGAGGACAAAAUUACAAUGCUGUGGUCAUUUAUCAAAAAUCACCAGAAGCAAAAGAUUAUUGUUUUUCUCUCAAGCUGCAAACAGGUGAAAUAUAUAUAUGAGAUAUUUUGCAAAUUAAGGCCGGGCACCAGUCUGUUGGCAUUGUAUGGAACGCUACACCAAGAUCGCAGAAUCGCAAUUUACAAUGAUUUCGUCAAGAAGAGUAAUGUUGUCAUGUUUGCUACAGACAUAGCCUCACGUGGACUCGACUUUCCCUCAGUUAAUUGGGUGGUUCAGUUGGACUGUCCGGAAGACGUCACUCAAUACAUUCAUCGUGCAGGUCGAUCAGCUCGCAAUAAAACGCGUGGUGAGUGCCUAUUGGUUCUGAUGCCCUCAGAGGAGGAAGGCAUGAUUGAAGAAUUGAAUCGUAAAUUUCUCAGUCUACGAAAGAUUCAUAUAGACCCAAAAAAACUUUUUUCGCCACGCGCAAAAAUUGAAGCGUAUCUGGCACAGAAUCCGGAAUUGAAAGCAUCAGCCCAACGUGCCUUUGUGGCUUAUAUCAAAUCAGUGUUUCUCAUGAAAAACAAAAAAGUAUUUAACGUUCUCGCUUUAAAUUUUGAUGCGUAUGCAAAGUCAUUGGGUCUGGUAGUCACACCUCGAGUACGAUUCUUAGAGCGAUAUUUGAAAAAACAAAACAGUAACAAUAGUGCCGAUAAGAAUGAACAAAGUCAUACUGAGUCAGGUGAAGAUUCAGAUGAUGACAAUGCUAAUGAACUCAAGAGUGGACAAAAGAAAUUGUCAAGACAAUUUAAAAAUGAUGAUGAGGAUGGUAUUCUUUUUAAAGCCUCCGAUAGUGAUACGAACUCAGAUGACGACGGUGAUGACUUUAUUAAAAUCAAGAGAGCCAAUCAUGAAAUAUUGGAUAAUCAGCAAAGCAAUACUGAUGAUGAUGAAGAUCUGCCACCGCCGGUGCUAAGAAAGAAGGAGAAACUUGUAACAAAAGCUGCUUUGGCGAAAAAGGUUCUAAAGAAAAAACUGCAAAUGAAUGAAAAAGUCAAAUUCGAUGAGGAGGGCAAAGAAAUCGCAGAUCCCCGCAAACAGUUACAAUCCGAAUUGGCCAAGGAAUAUGAGAGCAUAGAAUUGCCAUCAGGUGGCAUAGACAUUGAGAUGGCCAGACAGCUGUUGAUGGAGGAAGAUAAAUUUGAUAAACAGCGCCAUAGAGAACUUGUAAAACUAAGACAUAAAGCUCUUAAAGAGAAACUAAAAAAACGUGAUGAAAGUAAAGAUGAUGGUGUGGAGAAUCCAGACAGUAAUGCUGAGGUUGCUGAUUAUGAUAGUGGUGAUGAUGACGGUUCCGUUGAUUUAUCAUGGCUUCCAGAUCCAUCCAAAGUUUACACUAAAGAAUCGAAUAACGGCUCUGAAUCAGAUGAUGCUCAAUUUGAUUCCAAGCUUCAACAAAAAAAACGACGACAACAAAGUGAAGAGAGCAGUAGUGAAGACGACAUUGAGGAUGAGAACGAUUUUGAAGAACCUUUGGCGAAAAAGUCUAAAGUAACUUCAAAAUUAACCCUAAACGAUGCUGAAGUUAUUGCUGCACAACUUCUAGCCAAUUCAAUGUAGUCGUAAUCUGUUUAAGUUAGAGUGUUUUUUUUUAAAUAAAUUUAAACAAUUUACAUAUGAACGUAGUAUGUAUGUAA